CCCUUCCUCCCCGCGCGAUAAAAAGGAGCCCCCCUCCCCGGCCUCGCCUCCCCCCCAAACCCAUUUCCUUCCUGCCUCCACGACCCAGCCCAGGCCCGGCGGUGCCUCUCCCUCUCGUCUCCGGAUCGGCAAGAGCCCAGCUGCUGCCGGAUUCACACGACACCUCGUCGUCUCUCUCUCUCUCUCUCUCUCUCUCUCUCUCUCUCUCUCUCUCUCUCGGCCCAUGGCGCAGCGCGACAAGAAGGUGGAGGAGCCGACGGAGCUGCACGCGCCGGAGCUCACGCUCUGCGCCAACAGCUGCGGCUUCCCGGGCAACCCGGCGACCAAGAACCUCUGCCAGAACUGCUUCCUGGCCGCCUCGGCCUCCGUGUCGCCGCCGUCGCCCUCCUCCUCCUCGUCGCCCUCGCCGGCGGUGUUCGACAAGCCGCGGCCGGCGGCCGCCCCUCCCGCCGUGUGGCCGCCGUUCCCCGCGGCCGCCGACCGGCCCCCGGCGGGCCCCGCGGAGUCCCCCUCCAAGGCGCCCCGGACGUCGUCGUCGGUCAACCGGUGCCACAGCUGCCAGAAGCGGGUCGGGCUGACGGGGUUCCGGUGCCGCUGCGGCGAGCUCUUCUGCGGCGCGCACCGGUACUCGGACCGCCACGACUGCGGCUACGACUACAAGGGCGUCGCCCGGGACGCCAUCGCCCGGGAGAACCCCGUCGUGCGCGCCGCCAAGAUCGUCAGGUUCUGAGAGCUGGGGAGCACCGGAGGAGACCACGCAGCUCAGCUCCACGCCGAUCGUCGAUCCAUCUCCCGCGCUCCGGAAUCCCCUCUCUGUUUUUCUCUUUUCUUCCCUUUUUACAAAAGUUUAAAAAGGUGAUUGGUCGAGGUGCUAUCAUCAUGCUGUUCUUGAGAAUUCCACAAAGUAGAAGAAGAAGAUGAUGAUCAAGGAAAAAGGAGGAGCGGAUCAUGGCAAAUCAUGAUGAAGGAAAAAGGGGAUCGAGAGCACAGUGCGAUGAUAAUGUUGUUGUAGCGGUGGUUGGGGGUGGAGAUAGGGGUCGGUUUGGUGUGUUGUCCUACUACAAAUCACAAUCUUCUAUUAAAUUUUCCUUCCAUCUCUCUCUGUAUAAACUAAAUUAUAAUUGGAAUCUCCCUAUUGCCCAGCU